AUGGCGGCCAAGGUUCUUGACUCCGAGGCCGGUGUGCCAGACUUGUUGGUGGCGCUCGAGCAACGGUUUGCCCAGGUGGACGGCUACGGCAUUGCACGGGAGGAGCGUAGCAAAUUGCGACGCGCCGGGCGCUAUGCUGAAACAGAGUCUUUGCAGUACGGGGAGGUUCGCUUGACCAGCUUCUGGCGUUUGUUGCAGACCCUGCCCUUGACCCCCGAACAUCGCAUCUUUGCUGACGUGGGCUCGGGGACCGGGAAGCCUGUCUUUUGUGCGGCGGCCUUGGAACCGGCCUUUGACACGUGCAUUGGGAUCGAGAUUGUGCCGGCGCUGCACGAGGAGGCAUGCCGCGUUCAGGCAGCCCUCCAGCAGGGCACACCUCAAGAGCACACGCUGGCGAAACGCAUUCAAUUACACAAUGCCGACCUCUUCAAGGCCGUGGAUGUCUGGGCCCAGGCCCAGGUGCUCUAUAUACCCUGCACAUGCUUCACUAACGACAUGAUGGCCGCGGUGCACCGGCUGCUCUUGGAGGACAAGGUGGCUCCCGGUACCCUCAUUAUCACGACCACGCGCGAGCUCACGGACAAGGAGGGUGGUCGGCUGGCCCAUGUCCUCACUCGGCAGCUACCGUAUCAGCGCGGGGCCAUCACCUUUCACGUCUACCGCAAACUCCAGGGCUCCUCUGCAAAUUCCAGCACAACAACGUCUACGUCCGAGGCUGCGCCCUCAUCACCAAUGCCUGGUGCCACUACUUGCACCCCGACGGCCGAGUCUGCCCGCGCAGGCAAUACCAAGUCCCAUGGGGCAGGUGAAUCAGACGCACGUCCCAUGGACAAGCGCUCAAAGCGGUAG